AUGGCUUCACUUUUCCGACCGCCAGCAGCCUCCUCCAGACACAUCUGUUCGUCGUGUCUGUUGCGCAGAAGUGUCCUGCGCAGACAGAUUCAAUGGCACCGUCGGGCCUUCCAGACAUCCGUCUCUCAGAAUCCUCCAAUCCCCGACUUUGGCUUCACUUUUGAUAUCGAUGGCGUCCUCGUCCGCUCCUCUCGCCCCAUCCCCGCCGCACAAAAAGCGCUCCCCCUCCUCCAAAAGAACCGCAUCCCCUUCAUCCUCGUCACCAAUGGCGGCGGCAAGACGGAAGAGCAACGCGUGCAAUACCUCCAGGACCGCCUGGGCGUCCCCCUCUCCGCCGACAUGAUCGUACAAAGCCACACGCCCUUUGCAGACAUGACCCACCUCUAUGAUAAAACAGUGCUGAUCGUCGGCGGCGACUACGACCACUGCCAACUCGUGGCGCAGAAGUACGGCUUCAAGUACGCCGUCACCCCCAUCGACAUCCUCUGCGCCCACCCCGAAAUCUGGCCCUUCGGCAAGCAAUACCUCGACCUCUACCGCACCUUCGCCAAGCCCCUCCCCACCCCCAUCGACCUCUCCUCCCCGGCCACCAGCCUCAAAUUCGACGCCAUCUUCGUCUACAACGACUCCCGCGACUGGGGCACCGACACCACCAUCAUCCUCGACCUCCUCCUCUCCCGCGCCGGCAUCCUCGGCACCCUGUCCACGAAGAACGGCAACCCCGCCCUCCCUAACAACGGCUACCAACAAGACGCCCAGCCGCCGCUGUACUACAGCAACCCGGACCUCUGGUGGGCAGCCGCCUGGCACCAAAACCGUCUCGGCCAAGGCGGCUUCCAGCGCGCCCUCGAAGGCGUCUGGGCCGCCGCGACGGACGGCGCGCACCUCGCCAAAACCGCCAUCGGCAAGCCGACGCAGGCCACCUUUGCCUUUGCCGAGCACCGCCUGCGCCACGUGCGCAAGCAAAUGUUCGCCCAGCGCGGCCUCAACGACCCGCUCAAGCGCGUGUACAUGAUUGGCGACAAUCCCGAGAGCGACAUCCGUGGCGCCAAUGAGUACCGCUCGCCGCAUGGGACGGUGUGGCGGAGUGUGCUGGUCAAGACGGGCGUGUAUCGCGCGGACGAGGGCAAGGAGCCGGCGUACCGGCCGGAUGUGAUUGUGGAGGAUGUGUUGGAGGCGGUGGAGUGGGCGGUGGAGGAUGCAAAGAAGGCUCGAGGGGGCUGA